ACAAGAUGGCGACCAAGAACUGCUUGAACACUGGAAAACAAUAGAGACAGCGCAAUUGGGCUGAGUUUAUUUCUUCACCGUUUGAUUUCAGUUUUUUUGUCGUCCUAAACCGGGGGACGAGAGUCGGCUGCCUGUAGUUUAAGACUUUUAAAGCAGACUUUAAUGAAAAGCUUUGUUUGAGUGCUAGUUAGCAGGUAGGCUAAGCUACAUCCGUAGCUGUAAUGUAACUGAGGAUCAGCUGUUAGACGCACUGCUACUUUAAAAGUUACUUUUACUACUAAAAGUUAAUAUGAACUCUCUAACUUCGUAUUUUUGCGCUGGGUGGAUAUAAUAUAUUUGUUUUGGUCCGUCACUUUCUUACGUUUCUUCGCUGUUUUUUUUCCUCAUUGCGUCUUUUCGCAAACUUUAACUGGGGCGAAGAGUCUUUUAUAAAUAUUUUAAAAAACAUAUACAGAAAAUAAACUGAAAAAACGUGCCGCGUGUUUCUUUAUAAAAACACCUUUUUGUGUAACGUUAUUGAAUUCGAACUAAAGUUUUAAAGAUAAAGAUUCAUUGAGUACAAGUUUUGAAUUAUCUUAAACGUUCCGUUGAAUUAUAUUAAUGUCUAAAUAUAUGUAACAAAGUUAACUUGAAUAAUUUAUUAGCGAUGGCUAAUUCUUUCAUUCAUAAAAUCACAGUUUUUACUUCAAUGUGGUUUGUGGCAGGACUCUGAGCUCGAAUAUUUCCACACCACUAAGUUAGAUAAGAGUUUCAGUGAUUUCUUUGUAUAUAUUAGUUUGUUUAGUUUAGAGUAUUACUUUGACCUUUUUUUUUUUAAAUACAAGAGCACAUAGCUGAACUAUGUGCCAUUUCUUUUGUUAUAUAAGGAGGCAGAUAGUGAUAAAAAUGGAGGCAGUUGAGUGUGUUUUGUAAAGACUCAUACUCCAGCUCACACACUGAAGCAGAGUUGUGCUGGUAUCCGGACACUCGAGAGAGUUUAUAAACACACUGUUGUUCUGGAUGAUGGCGGAUUUCGUGGUGCCGCAGCACAGCGCGGUGAUGGAGCGGCUCAAGCGGAGGAUCGAGCUCUUCCGGCGGCAUCACAGCAGCUGCGAGAACCGCUAUGAGAACACGGCCAUGGAGCGGCUAGAGAUGGAGAGGCAACAGACUUUCGCCCUUCAUCAGCGCUGCCUGCAAACCAAGGCCAAGCGCUCGAACAAGCACCGGCAGCCGCCGGCAGCGAGCGUGGACCCGGGGGGGCAGAGAGGCACUGGGAGUGGGGGCAGUAGCGCCGAGUUGGCGGACGGUGGCAACGGGACGCCCGGGGAGCAGAGCAGAAACAGCACGCUGAUCGCGUUACAGGAGACUGUGAAGAGGAAGUUGGAUAAUGCAAGCUCUCCUCUGGGCCGAGACCAGAUCAAUGGUUUCAAUGAUUAUCCAACUUCAAAAAAGGCCUGCGUGGAGGAUGCACUCUCUGGUCUGAAUGGGGUCUCAAACAGCACUGUGCCUCCUCGCUCACCCUUGGACACCAAACAUAACGUGAGUACAGACUCCAUGGUGCUCAAUGGGAACCACAGAGCCCCUGGCUCAGAGCACAAUGGAACAAGUAGAACAGAUAACGGUGCCGCACGUGGUUCAGAGUUCGAUUUCCGUCUGAAAGAAAUGAAGCGGGAGCCAGUAGACGAUAUCUUGCCCUGCAUACUGCCUACUGGAGGUGCGAAUGGCAACAACAGCCUGUUCCCUGACCUCAACCUCAAUGAUCAAGACUGGAGUGAGAUCAUGGAAGAGUUCAACCGUUCGGUUCCCUAUGAGGAAAUUCAAGAACUCUUCAGUGAUGGCUUUGGAGAUCGCAAAGACCCUGAUAUCCUGUCUGGGGGUGCAACUCAGAGCUUGAUGCCAGAUCUAGCGAGUGUGAAGACAGAAUUUUCCCCCACCACAGCUGCCUUCGAUCAGGACUCUUGCACUGGCUCACCCCAGAUGAGACCCACCUCAUCCGUGCCUCCGCUACACACCAAUUCCCCUGUAACUGCUCCGGUAACGUCUACAGCCUCCUCGCCAGCACAUCCGGUGCCUCAACUUUCACAACAGCCCCCCAUUCAGUCUGCUAGACCACUCCAGAAUCACCUGCCUGGUCCACCCAAAGACCUUUCCCCUGCACAACAGCUGCAGCAGUUAGCAGCACGUGAACAGCAGCGAGCACAAAUACUACAAAGCCAGCAGCAGCACGUGGUUCCGAAACAACCACAACAAAAACCGCAGCAACAGCAAACAGUAAAAUUCCACCAGCAGCCCAACCACCCCUCAUCAUGGCCCCAAAAUGCACCCACACAAAGUCAACUGGGUGGGACAUUUGGCUUGGAGAAGCCCACAAGCCCUUCCUUGUACCCUCAAGACUUCCCCAACCCCAAGACUUUGCUCAUACCGGGCCAGCAGCCCAACAAGGGUUCUCCCAAAGCAGGCACGCCAGCCGGGUACAUGCAGUCCGGAGGCCACGGCAACAUGCUAAGUCACUCAGCAGCUCCUACUGGGCCACUUAGCCACCUGGCUAACCCAGGAGCUCAGGCAGCCAUGUUGGACUACAGUAACACUAAACCCUUGUCCCACUAUGAGGCUGGAAUGCCAGGGGCCCCCAGGGGCCCGCUCAACACGCAGAACCAGAACAAACAGACCCAAGCGUUCCUGAAUUUGAUGCGUCACCAGCAGUUGCAGAAGCAGAGGCCGACAGGCAUGAACUUCAGACCAACUCACCUACAGCAUGCUCAGGAUUCAGGGUCCUACCCCACCGCUGCUCAUGUUCCUGGUCCCGGCAACACCAUGACGCCACAGCCGAGCGGCAACAACAUCCCUGGUAAUCAUGGUAAUGCGGUCUACAUGAAGCAGCAACAGCAGAUGCAGUUGAUGAGUCAGCAGCAGAAACAGUUCAUCCAGAGACAGAUGAUGGCUGAACAGGAGAAACAGCGGCAGCAGCAGGAACAGCAGUUGCAGAGGCACCUGACCCGUCCGCCGCCUCAGUACCAGGACCAACAAAGUCAGCAGGCCCAGCAGAAUCCAUUCCAGCAACAGCAGCAGGUCUCCCAGUUCACAGGUGCAACUCCCUGCUUGGCUCAGCAGCACCCCUCUGGCUUUACAGAACACAACAUCUCUGGUGCAUCUCAGCCAAUUGGAAAUGUAAACUCUCUCAGUGGCCCUGCGCCAGGAGCUCAAAGAAUGUUCCCUCAGACACAAGGUAUGAUGGGAAUGAGCGUGGGCCAAAGCGCCAUUCCGGCUCCUGGUGCCCCUUCGGGUGCCAGUCAAGCAGAUAUGAACCUCUCAUCUUGUGGAGGUGGUCUUGAUGUUCAACAAGUCAUGUACAGCAGCAUGUCCAUGCACCCCUCCCACCCCAACCAGCAGAGACCACCUGUAUCAGCCAUGUCUGCGGCUUAUAGACAAAGCGUUCUAGCAGCCCAGCAGCAAGCACAUUUAAAGAACCAACCCAAUGCCGCCCUAUUAAAACAACAACAACAACAACAACAACAGCAGCAACAGCUCGCUCGUUUGCCCAACAGCAUGCCCAAUGCUAUGGCGAAUAACAUGGGUGCAGCUAUGCCCACUUCCAUGCCUAAUAGUAUUCAGGGUUCUAUGCCUACACAGACCCAACCCUGGCAGCAGCAGCCUCAGCAGCAUCCGGGUCUCCAGCAGGGUAUGGGUGCCCCACUUGGCUCUGCUAAUGGAGGCAAUCCCGCCGGUUUUGCCAAGUCUGGCUUCCACAUGCAGUCUAGGAUGGCCAAGCUACCCAACAACGCCCUGUUUCCCCAGAGUGGAAUGGGUAACAACGUGGCAGGUAGGGCUUUGGUGGGCAUGAACCCUGCUCAUAUGAUUCCUAACAUGAACCAGCAACGGACCAAUAACCCCGCCAUGGGCCAACAAUUGCCCCCUCCCAACCAGCAGGCGCCUCAGCAAAGGCAGCCACAAGCGCCCCCUCAAACCCAGCAGGUUCUGCCUGACCUGGGGCACUUUAGACAGUCACAAACAGGACAGGUGCCCAACCGCACUGCGGGACUCCAGUGCAACCAGUCGUAUCAGCUUAACAGGACAGCCAAUCAGCAACUGCAGUUCGGCUACAGCAGCCAAUCUGGUGGCAGCUUGACAGGCUUCCCUGGCGAGACCGAUCUGGUGGACUCUCUGUUGAAGGAUCAGUCAACCCAAGAGUGGAUGGACGAUUUGGAUGAGCUAUUGGCCAGUCAAUGAGUGAUCCCAAUGGGCCAAUUACAGACCUUUGUAAGGGGCUAUUUAGACUGAACGCUUAUUUGAUAGAUGCAACAAAUAUGGAAUAGAACGCAGGUGUCUUGAAAUGCGUUUAACAUUUUUUUUUAUAAGGAAUAUUCCAGGUUCAAAACAAGUUAAGCUCGAUAAACAGCAUUUGUGGCAUGAUGUUGAUUACCCCCAAAAAUAAUUACAACUCAUUCCUCCUUUUCUUAAAAAUAAAUUUGAGGUUACAGUGAGGCACUUGAAAUGGAAGUGAAUAAAACUCCUGACAUUCAUUCUUUUGUUGAAACUUGUGUAUUAUUUGAGCUGUGAAGUUGUUUUUAUUGGUUCAGUUGUUUAUAUAGUUUACAGCAUUACAUCGUAAUGGCAGCGAAGUUCUAAAAUAAGUUAUAACAGUACACAGACAAAGUUUGUAAGCAUUUUCUUUAUGUCAUGUGGCUAUACUUUUGAAACUUCACUGUGACCCAGAUUUUUUCUUUUCUUAAAGGAAAAGAAAGAGGAGAAAACAAAGGUGUCGAAAUUAAGUGUUGUUGUAAUCCACAUUGGACCACAGAUGCUGCCGAUUGAGCUUAAUUCGUAUUCAACCUGGAAUAUUCCUUUAACUCAAAAACAUUUUUCUAGCUUGUCUAAGAGUACAGCUGGAUGUAAAAACAUAUUCCUUGUGAACAGCCCCAAAGCCUAUAUUGGUGCCUUUUGUAGAGAAGAUCAUUGAGUGUCCGCAUUUGGAUGUUGGUGAAAAUGGAUUUACUGGUCAUAUAGUGGUCAGAUCUGCUGUUGUCUCUAUUAUGUACAUUGUGUAUAUAAUACAACACGAGUAGGGCACAGGACCAAAAGCCUGUGGAAUUGAAGUAUUUUCUGGACUGGAAAUUUCGAGGGAAGCGCUCUACUACUGAACCUGUGGCUCAAUAAAACCACUGAAUUUUACUAUGAGAUGAGUGUAUACUUGUACACAGCCUAUUCAGCCAUUCAUAUGGUUCAUAUUGUAUUUGUAUUGCCUAGGUCUUUGCAAUAGGCAUGAGAAGUUAGAAGUCCCUUUUAUAGUCCCUCAGGCCUUAACUUUGCACUCUUGAGUUGCGUAAUAUGUGAUUUAUACAUCCAGCUAAAUAUGCGAGAAAGAGAGAGGCUUUCUCUUAAUCGUGGUUUCAAAGGUUGUUCAGAAUUUUCGUUCAGAAUUUUCAUUCAGUUUUCAAGUUCGGUCAUUGGAUAGUUUUAUAUUCACUAAGUUUAGGAAAUGGAUACUUUGUGAUUUAUCAGUUUGUGGCGCUUGCGGGAGUGAUACUGUAACCGUAAAAGAGGAAGAACAUUUGAAUUUAUUAAAACACUACAAUGCUCAAGUGAAAGUGGGUGGAGCCAUGUGAUGUCAUUACACUUUCAUUUAUCACUAUACAAAACUUUUUUUAUUUUAAAUUUGCUUUGAAAAGCCCAAAGUUAUAAUAGACUUCUAUGUUGGUAAGAGGGUUGGUUAAUAUUCCUAUCUUUUUCCUGUUAUGUUAAGGUAACGUUGAGAGAAGGUCGGGUGCUUUUCAGACCGGGCGUUACCUGCCUCAUUGCUGAACUUUCUCUGCAUUUGAGUCUGGAGUUCUUGUAUAUUUAUAUAUGUAUUUGUUUUGUAUGUAUGCAGUUUCUAUUGUUCAGGAAAAGAUAGAUCUUAUUUUUAUAUGUACAUUUUUAAAGUAUUUUAUACUUUUAUUAUUGUUCUCUGUAAAACAAGAGUAUUGUGUAAAUAUAGUUCUCUAGAAACUGGUUUGUUUGGUGUGUGUUUGUAUAUUUUGUGUAUUCAUGGAUACGUUGGUCUAAAUUUAAAGUUAUUUGCAUUUUGCAGCC